AUGGUCUUUGUGCCACAUUGCCUGCACCAGCUACGUGCUUGUUGGAUUUUGGCCAACCUGAUGGUCCUGGGACUCCUUGCUGUCCUGCCAUACACCCCCUUCUAUCUCCUGACCAGCGCUGUAUGGCCGAAGCAAUGUCAAUAUGCCCGCCAAAGGCAGUACACCGAUCAACACGUUAUGCCCGCGUACAAAUGGCUCUCCAUGGCGUGCUACAUCAAUUCCGUCAACUCCACAGCAGAAAUCGUGACUGUUGUAGACUACAGAUUGAACUCUUCGUCCUUACAGAUGUUAGAAAUAGUGUACUGCAAUGGCAGCAAUGCAUCAUGUACUCACACUAGUGCGCAGCAGCCGCAGCUAUCGAUCUUUGCACCCGCCAUCAUCACUUAA